UUAGUUAGGAUGGAUUUGAAUCUCACUGAGAUGGAUCACUCAUCUGUGGUGCAAAAUGCAGCAGUUACUGUCAUCUUAAGCUUGGCUGCCCUCCUUGGAAUCCCAGGAAACAUACUGGUCAUCUGGAUUAUAACUUUCAACAUGCAGAAAAAGAAAUCGCCCACUGUUGUGUUGAUCUUGAACUUGGCAAUAGCUGAUGUCCUGGUUCUGAUCAGCUUGCCUCUGUGGAUCUACAGUUUUGUGUAUGGUUGGUCAUUUGGACAAGUGUUUUGCAAGCUCCUGACCUUCAUCAUCCACUGCAACAUGUACGUAAGCGUCUUUCUCAUCACGGUGAUGAGUGCCGAACGUUUCGUGGCUGUCACUUACCCGUUCACCUCACAGCGAUGGCGCAAGGUCAAGGUGGUGUGUGUAGUGGUGUUGUUUGUCUGGAUCUUGGCCCUUCUCUUUGCAAUUCCAGUUUUAAUGUACCAGGAGCUAGGCAAUGAUGAAAAUGGUCAGCCUCAGUGCAUGUUCGGGAAUUUCAGCUCCGAGACUCAGGAAAUUUUAUGCAUUAUGAUACAAUUCAUUGUUGCAUUUGUAAUCCCUUUUUUGAUGAUGUCCAUUUUCUACAUGUGUAUUGGUAAGAAAUUAAGAGGCAUGAUUUUUAAACGUCAUAACAGAACUGGGAUGGUAAUCGGUACUGUGGUGGUCGUAUUCUUUAUAUGUUGGAUGCCUUACCAUGCUGUAAACCUGGUUUCAGUCAUUGCACUGAUGACCAAGACUAAUGAAGCCAUUUCUGAUACCUUAUAUGAGAUCUAUGAUUAUGGCAUACUGGUCGCUGGAGCUUUAGUUUUCCUCAACAGCUGCGCCAAUCCUAUUAUUUACGCAUUUGCUGCACGGAAUAUCCGAAGUGGUUUUCAGGUGUCCACCUUUGGCAAGCUUUUUGACCAGAUGACGCAUUCGGAAUCCAGGAAGAAAAGCAAGGAUGCAUCGACCGAAAAAAAGAGCUUUACUUUGGAAGAGCUUAAUUCUCUCCAGAACGUUUAAGCUGGGUGUCAACAAAAUACAGACUGGUGACUGUUUGUUUUUCUUCAAUAUUCUCGGCAUUCACUCGCUUAUCCUUUCCUAGCAUGCUUCUACCCAGCAUGCAAGAAGCUGACUGAGCCUCUGAAGAGAUGUCGGCAUCUGUAAGGGUGUAAGACAGCAAGGAGCAAAUGUGGAACAGAACUGUUCAUUUUGCUGGUGUGCUUGUGUCUUGCCCUGCAUUCAUUCCACAGGUAUUUUUCUUGUGUGCCAUUUGACAGUUCCGCAAAUUAAACCUAGCCUUCUCUACACUGACAGCUGAGGACUCAAUCUUAUUUUCGUGUAGUUUAUCCCACUUUUAGUGCUCAUAAUGGUGGUUGUGUUCAACUCUGCUGACGGAGAGAUAUAUUGGUAUAAAGUUAAAAGCUCCUCUGAAAACAGCAUUAAUGAUUCCCAAACCUCGUGGGAUCCUGGCCUUGAAUACCACUCACCCUGAAGAAAUUGCAAAUCUUGCAAAAACUAAGAGCUGGUAAACGCAAGAUCUUGCAAAAGUCUGGGACAUAUUGAAAUGUGUAAAUGUGAAACUGAGCUUGGCGGCUGGACUCUUGAGGUGGAAUUUGCCAACACAUCCAAAGGAGGAAGUGUGAAGUCACUGCAAAGGGACACUCUGCCACUUACUCAUCCUAUCCCUCAGGGUUCGGGGCACAUGGAGAUGAAGCAAACCUAGUUGAAUUUUGUCAGUGGGUACUAGGAUUGAAAAGGAUCAUGAAACAAAAUUUAGAUAAGGAUAAUUAUUUCCAAAAAGAAUAGGAAGUAGUGUAAAGUUGGGACCUUUCAUUAUUAUGAAAGUUGGUUUGAAGGAAUUAUUGUUGUUGAGCAAAAAGCAGAUUUCAAAGGAAGCCACAACAGGGAGCUCCAGCAAAAUGUUGGUUCAUGCUGAAAUUGCUGAUUAGGUGAUAUCAAAUGGGAUUUCGUUUUCACCAGGAGUCCAAAAGUCUGAGACAACCCGUGAUGUUGUUAAUUUUGCAGUCUUUUCUAGUAUUACAGCAUUAUGUCCUUCUCUUUUCCUUUUAAAUGAGGUGAAAAUAUGUGUUUAGUGUUGGUUGUAAAAGAGAACUGUUGCUUUUAGGCUGCAACUUCUUUAAGUCAUUGCUGUGACAUUGCUCUCUUUGUUAUGAUGAUUACAUGCCAAGGCAAAAGCUGUUGGAAUAAACUUUUGUGUCAUGUUCAAGUUGUCUGUUCAGUUCCUCACUCACAAGUUUUCUCUGAAAACCAAGAUCGAUUGAUAAUGGGGCUCAUCUGAGCUCCAUGUUUGCAGGACGGAAAGGUGAAGAACAGACUGGAGUUGUUGAGUAUUUACUAUUUCAGUAAUGUUGUAAAUAUAUUGUUUGAGUAGGCAUUCUUUCUAUAAUUCAUCAUGGGUUGUAUGUAAAAAUACAUUAAUUGUUUAUGUCAUGAUGCUACCAUAUGAUGCAUGCAAGUCUCGCUUAAAGUAAACACGA